AAACCAACUUAAUUACUCAUAAAAAAAAUAUCUUGUCGUCUCUGACUCUCAUACUCAAUCUCUCAAUUUUCUCGAGAAAACGAAAGAAAAUAAACACAACCACAAUGGAAAAUACGCCAAUGAAUUGGGAAACAUUAGACACACUAAUAAUCGAGUUCGCAAAAUCAGAGAAAUUACUCGAAGAUUCCUUUUCUUCUUCCUCGCCGUUAUCUUCUCCGUCAUCAUCAUCAUCUUGCGUAUCAUCGUCGUCGUAUCACUCGAGGUUUAUUAUCCGUCAGAUCAGACGGUUAUUAGAGUCCGGUGACAUUGACUGUACUAUUGACCUGCUCCGUUCUCACGCGCCUUUCAUUCUCGAUGACCAUAGGCUUUUGUUUCGCUUGCAAAAACAGAAAUUUAUUGAGUUGUUGCGGAAGCACGACAGAGAUUCUGCUAUCGAAUGCAUCAGAACCGCUCUUGCUCCCUGUGCUCUUAAUGCUUAUCCGGAAGCAUAUGAGGAAUUUAAGCAUGUUCUUCUUGCCUUCAUAUAUGAUAAAGAUGAUCAGAAUUCUCCUGUGGCAAAUGAGUGGUCUGAACGGAGAAGAUUUGACAUUGCUGGGUUGUUGUGCUCUGUCCUAAGAGCUCAUUUACAUGCAUAUGAUCCAGUCUUUUCAUUGACAUUGAGAUAUUUGAUAAGCAUACAUAAAGGAUUUUGUUUUCGUCAAGGAAUUUCAUCACCUAUUUCAGAUCUUACUGAAAGGUUGCUUCUUGAAGAACGUGAUCCUCCUGCCGUACCACAGGAGAGUUUAUAUGAGGUGCCUCCUUUUGAUGAGGUGGAUAUACAAGCUCUUGCACAUGCUGUGGAGCUUACACGACAAGGAGCUGUUGACAGUCUGAAAUUUGCCAAGGGAGAUCUGUUUCAGGCAUUUCAGAAUGAGUUAUCUCGGAUGAAAUUGGAUGUUGCAUUGCUUGACAAGCUUGUUCAUGAGUACUGUGUAUAUAGAGGCAUUGUGGAUUCUGGUUUUGCUUCCCCUUCUGGUGUACAGAACCCCUCAGAACCUUUGAAAGUCAAUCAACCUGAGCCUGGAAAUGGUUCAUCAAUUAUCUGUUCUCUAGAAGUGGAUCAUGCUUCCUGUAAACAUUCAGAUGGUGAGACUUCAACAAGCUAUGCACAUAUGGAUGUUUCUCCUGAAAGUAAUGUGCAUUUGAACAACACUCAAGGAUCUGAGGGUGAGUUAAGAUAUGCUUGUGAGACAACUAGCAAUUGUGAAGAUUGCAGCACAAGUGGAUCACAUCAAACUGGAGUUUCUAAAGCUAUGCAGAAACACAGAAACUAUACAACCGGUGAAAGAAGCAAACGCAAGCGAUGGAGGGGUAGACAAGAUGAUGAAGACUAUAUCUCUGGAGUUCCUUUGAGUGGAUGCAGCAAGCAAGAUACUGAUGUUAUGACUAUCUCCACAGACAUGCCAAAGGAGCAGCAGGGCAUUGAAAAGAAUUCUAUCUUAAAACUAAACAACGGGGAGGAUAAAUAUGAAAUUUUGCUGGGGAUGAAGGAACUAGCAAGUAGAGGAAUGACCACCGAGGCUGUGGAAGAAAUUAAUGCUUUGGAUCCAAACUUCUUUGUGCAAAACCCAAUCUUGCUCUUCCAAUUGAAGCAGGUUGAAUUUCUUAAGCUAGUCAGUUCAGGUGAUCAUCCAAGUGCUUUAAAGGUAGCUUGCAAAUAUUUAGGGCCAUUAGCUGCUAAUGAUCCUUCUCUGCUGAAGCCCUUGAAGGAGACAUUAUUGGCAUUGCUCCAACCUAAUGAUGAUGCAAUAGGAAAAGGCUUGUCUUUACAUGCUCUUGCAAAUUCUCUCCAGGUUGCAAUUGGUAGGAAACUUGGUAUUGAGGAACCACAGCUUAUGAAGAUAAUGAGAGCAAUGCUUCACACACACAAUGAGUGGUUUAAACUUCAAAUGUGUAAAGAUCGGUUCGAAGGUUUUCUAAGGAUUGAUUCUUUGAAAGAAGUUAACACCUCUUUGUUUUCUGCUUGUUCGAUGUCAAAGUCAAAUGUUGACAGCUGUACUCAAGGAUCCUCCCAAGUUACAGUGUCUUCAAGCACUAGAUUGUCUGAAGAUGGUACCACUACAAGUCCAACUCAAGGUUCAUCCAGAGAUGGUCAUGAUGAAAAUGCUAUACUCAAAGUUAUGGAAUUUCUUGCGUUGCCGAGAGCUGAUGCUAUUCAUCUUCUUGCACAGUAUAAUGGAAAUGCUGAAACAGUCAUUCAGCAAAUAUUUGCCUAAUUUUUAAUUUUAAACUGUAGUGAGAAACACCAAUUUAUUUGUCAUUUAUUAGAAAGAAUAUUUAUUUUAUUCAAUUAGUACACUAGCUGUAGAUAUAAAAAUGACUUGCAGAGAGAGGAUGUCCGGGUUUUCUCAUACUCGCAAAGAUCACAGCCUACUUUUUACUGGUCUCUGUGUUUUGCAAUAUGUGUUUUUUCUCCUUGUUAUCCUAAAUCAGUCUUAAUAAAGGAAAUUAUUGAUUUUUGAACUUC